GCGGAGAGUAUUCCGCAUAAGGCUAGCGCCACCAGCCCCAGCGACCGCGCGAGUUUUUGGGGAGAACGAGGAGCUUCCUGUCCGUGUUCGCGACAGAUCGUGACCGGCAACAUCGCAUCUAGACCGCAUCCACCACCCGCCUCCUGGGCUUCUGCAUUCCCCUUCUGUGUAUUUGGCGGCCUGGUCUACAGCGCCAGUCAUCUGCUGACUGCGUCUGCGUCCUGUUCACCAAAGAGCUUUGACGACUCUUGACGUCUCUCAUCGCAGGCAAGGAGCCUGUUCCCGUUACUUGCGACCAACGUCCCAUCUAGAUCCCAACGCGCCACGAUGGAUGAGAACCCCGUCAUCCCCAGUGGCCCUGCUGAUAAAGAGCAGGCAGGUGCUGCUGGCCAGGAUGCGCCCGCUGACUCUGGAUCGCAAUCGCCCGUGAAGAAGACCGAAAAUACGGGAUCAGAUAACCCUAUGGAUGCACCAGCAUCGCCCCGACCGCAGAAUGAUGAUGCGGAGCCAGAAGACGAGGAGAUGGGCGGUACAGAGACGGCAAGCAAGGAGAAUGGCACAGCGGAUGCAAGCGCAGAUGCUUCUGGUUCGCAGCCAGCUGCAGAUGCCGCUGGAGAAGAGCAACCCGCACAGGACAAGGCCUCCGUCGAGGAUUCAGCUCGUUCGCAUCUCGUUUCCCAGACACAUGCCAUCAUUCUCCCCAGUUACACAUCGUGGUUCGAUAUGCAUACGAUCCACCCCUUGGAAAAGAAAGCAAUGGCAGAGUUCUUCAACGGUCGUAACCGAAGCAAGACUCCUGCAGUCUACAAAGAUUACCGAGACUUCAUGAUCAACACCUACCGAUUGAACCCGGUCGAGUAUUUGACGGUCACCGCCUGCCGCAGGAAUCUGGCGGGUGAUGUUUGCGCUAUAAUGCGUGUUCAUUCCUUCCUCGAACAAUGGGGCCUCAUCAAUUACCAGGUCGACCCUCAGACGCGGCCUUCGAAUAUCGGCCCACCUUUCACUGGCCACUUCAGAGUCACAGCCGAUACUCCUCGUGGACUGCAGCCAUUCCAGCCGGGACCGAACUCCUUUGUUACUCCUGGAAAGCCUCUGCCUGCCACUGACCGUGCGGCGUCCGCUACUCCUGCCAGCAAGGCGGAUCUCAACCUCGAGAUCCGUCGCAAUAUCUACGACGAUAAGGGCAAAGAAGUCACUCCCUCCGAAGACAAGGCGAAGCAGACGAAUGGAGAUGGCGCUGCCGCUAACGGCACAGUGGCCGAGGCUUCAGCCAAGUCGUUGGAGAGCGUCGUCCGUGAGCCGCGCCGCAAAGUCCACUGCUUCUCUUGUGGUAUCGAUUGUACGCGCCUUCGCUUUCACUACGCCAAGUCGACUCCUGCUACAGCAAACCCCAAUGCUUCUGAUACAAAAUACGAUCUGUGCCCGAACUGCUUCCUCCAGGGUCGCAUGCCGUCCAGCCACAGCGCCUCAGACUUUGUGAGAAUCGAAGAGAAGCCACACACCGGUAUCUCCGAUAAGGAUGCUCCGUGGUCUGAGUCAGAGUUGAUUCUGCUCCUCGAGGCUCUCGAGAACUUUGACGACAACUGGGACCAGAUCGCCAAGCAUGUCGGCACGAGAACUCGGGAAGAGUGUGUGAUGAAGUUCUUGCAACUAGAGAUUGAGGACAAGUAUCUCGACGAUCUGCCCGGUACAUCAGACGCAAACCGGGCUCCUAACGGAAGAGAACCGGUUAGCCAGCUCGACAACCCUGUUCUGUCUGUUGUCGCAUUUUUGGCACAGAUGGCAGAGCCUGCAGUGGCCGCCGCGGCAGCCGGACGCUCCGUGCAGGAGAUCCGCAAGGAGCUCCAAAAGCAGAUUGAGAAGAGCAGUGACAAGGCUCAAGAUAAAGGCAAGGAGAAGGAAGGAGAGCCCAUGAAGUCUGAGGAUUCGAUGGAGAUCGAGGAAGUCUCUCGGGAACAGGAGUCCACGGAAGUGGCCCAGGGAGACAAGCGUACGCCAGCAUCUCUUGCCACUGUAGCACUGGGAACAUCUGCUGCUCGUGCCGGUGCCCUGGCAUCGCACGAAGAGCGCGAGAUGACUCGCCUUGUGUCUGCUGCUGUCAACAUCACGCUGCAGAAGUUCGAGAUUAAGCUUGCGCAGUUCAACGAAAUGGAAGAGAUCAUCGAAGCUGAGCGCAGAGAGCUGGAGCAGGCCCGACAGCAGCUCUUCCUCGACCGCAUGGCCUUCAAGAAGCGAGUCAAGGAAGUCCAGGACGCAAUGCAAGCUGCUAGCCUCAAGGGCCCUGGUGAGGAAGCGAACGCUAUCCUCGCCGACGCCGCCACUGCCGGUCUUGGAAAUCACUUCACUUUCCAGCCAGCAGACGCUGACUCAAGAGCCAGAGUUCAGCCAUUGAGCGCAGAAGCUGGUGCGGAUUUCAAGACUCUGGACCUGUAAGAGUAGCAGGGAUGUGUUUCUUUCAACAACAGGGCGCACUUUUUUCUGCAAAAUUCGCAUUGUGUACAGCUACGGAGGGACUUCUUCAAAAAGACGCAAAAUCGGACACGGAAGGGAAAUUUUUAAAUCUCAAGGACGUGGCAGAAACUUGGGUAGAUGAGGUGGUUCUUUUUCUUCUUUUAAA